AUGGACUACAACACACCAGAGAUUGUCAACGCGUUCAAGUCAGAUCGGCUAGAGUAUAUAAAAGCCGACAAGCAAGACACAAACCUGCAAAGAUUCGUCCCUCUGAUCCUACAGGAUCCUGUUAUCAUGGCCAUGAACUCGCCCGGGUUGCUACUACCUGCGGGCCAGAAAGAUUUCGACUCUUACAUCCAGUCUGUCGCCGAUUCUUUAUUGGGCGUUGCGAUAUGCCUCAAAGAUGAACCUACGAUGUCCGAGGAGGGAAAUGAUGCAGAUAAGAAAAAGACACCAACUAUCAUUGGCAUAAUGUGCAUCGGGUGGGGUGGCGUCUCGCCGUCGACCGCUCACCACCGAAAUGCUGAAAUAGGUAUAUCCCUUGCAAAGCCAUAUCAGGGCAAGGGUUAUGGAAAAGAGGCCAUCAACUGGAUGCUGGAUUGGGGGUUUCGACAUGCUGGUUUGCAUUCCAUCGGCAUCACUACAGCUUCAUACAACCCACGAGCUGAACAUCUCUAUCAGAGUAUGGGUUUCAAAUUGGAGGGCAAAAGAAGGGACACUAUUUGGCAAAAUCGUGGAUGGCAUGAUUUGGUGAUGUUUGGAAUGACAGAGUACGAAUGGGAGUCACUUCGGGGUAUUGCGUCGAGUAGCCAAACCCAUAAUUCUAAAUAG